AUGGCACCACAAAUAGAUGAACUGAAAAUUGACUUAAAGAAGUGGGAACAUAGCUUCAUAAAAGACCGAGGAAGAGAACCAACAAAGGAUGACAUUAAACGAUUGCCUGAUGUGAAAAAGUUGUACAAGCAGUAUUCUGCCUUGAAGAAAGGGAAUACGUCACAAGACACCAAAGAGAGGGUAUUUGCAGAAAAUCGAUCUCCAAAAAAGAACCUAGCAGCCUCUUUAGAAAGCAUAUCACUGGUAGAGUUGGGGCCGACACCGCAGAUCCAUGGCAAGGCAAUGAGCAUAUUUGAGAUGGGGAUUUCCCCAAUCAAACAACCCAAUCCAAUGGAUGAAACACUAGAUCAUCCAUUCGCUGUAGUUCCAACGUCUAAAAGUGGCUAUUUUUGGUCUGAUAGGGACGACGAAAAGAGCGUGAAGAGGCAACUGCAAUUCACAGAUACGAUACCCAAUUCAUCGCCCUUCAAAAAUCAACAAGUACAUCUCCGACCUAAAUAUUAUGGCCCAAAUUCCCCUCUAAAACUAUCCGACACAAAUAUUGAACUCAGUCUUGUACAAUGGCAGCCUAUUAGAGGUACUCCGAGAAAGCAUAAGACAGAUGUCAAUGAGAUCAAUUCCUUCAGUCCCUCUCCUUUGGUAAAGAGACCACUUACAAAGUCACUGCUUGAACUAGUACAAGAGCAGGAAGCUAUUGUCGAAGAAUUCAAAAAUAUGAGUGCUGAGCACGACUCUUUAAUGAACCUGGAACAGAGUACAGAACCGGAGGAGCUUUCCGAGCAAGAGACCGCUGGACAAGGUCCUAGUAAGCCCAAAAGAAGAAUUCUGCGAAGAUUUGCGCCAGCUGCCACUCAUGAGACUGUGAAAAGAAACAUUUCGGAAGAAUUGAUCAAAUUGAAGCAAAGACAUGUCAAUGAGUUCUACGGAAACCAGGUCUUUGCGGAACCUGAGGAGAGUGAACAGCAUGAGAAAGAUCCGAACAAAGCAGAGAACACGACUGUAAAGAAGACUGUAAAGCGGAAAAACAAGAAGUAUAAUCUGGUGAGCAACAACUUUAAGAGACUCAGAUUACCAAAAAAGGGCUCUUCCAAAAAGUUUUGGGGUAAGAGAAGAAGAUAA